AUGAAGCUGUUCCAAAUUGAUGAUCCUCGUGAAGUGAUUCCGAUCGGUUGCCGGUUGCUGACGAUGUUCGGUUUGGGACGUGACGAAAAGCUGAAGCUACUGUACUGGUGUCAGGUUGUGUUUUAUCUCGUAUUUAGCAUCAUACCACGCUUACUGGUAAAGAUUGACGAUACUGUAAUGCUUUUGCGGUUGGGUUCCGAGAUGACCUUUCUCACUUACCUCUACUCGCAAAUAUUGGCGCUUUACUUUCGACGCAAAAAUCUGUACCGGUUGGUCGACAUGCUGCAGCGGUGUGCCCGCAAGCAGUAUGCUGACCACAUUGAAACGUUCCUGAUCACAUACAAUGGUAAAACUAACAAGUUUUCAGUGCUUUGCUGCAAAUGUUUUUGCAUCACGUACAUCCUGUACUGUGCGAUGCCUCCGCUGGCAUCAACCGGUAUUUACUUGCGGAACACACGCAACCGCACAGCCGAACCGGAAGAGUUCAUCAUAUCCAGUGAAAUGAACCUUUACUACCUGGACAUUCGCUUCAACGUACUGCACUAUUUCUUCUACACCGUCAAUAUAUGCUUGUUAACCGUCACAUCGGCUUCAUCACUGUGCAUCAAGGACGUGAUGGAUGUGUCCGUCAUCAAGACCACAUGCUUAAUGUUUGAGGUAACUGUAAUGCAGAUUCGUGAACUAAGGGACCACAUCUCACAGGCGCAACUCACCACCGUCAUCGAAUAUCAUCGGGACACUUUGCUGUGCGCACGGUGCUUACAGGACACUCUCAACCUAUCGCUGCUGGUUCAGCUUACAUUCUGCAGUGCCAUAUGGUGCCUCAUACUGUUCUACGUCUUGCUAAUGGGAUUUGACUCCAGCAUUUUUAACGUUCUCAUACUGCUACUGAUUGUGACAGUCGAAACGUAUAUGUACUGCACGCUCGGAACACAGUUAACCGAUAAGGGUAACGAAGUGUUGAUGGCGCUGCAGCAGCUGGCCUGGUAUAAUCAAUCGAUCACCGUACAAAAGCAAAUACUCUUCAUGAUUAAUCGCUCCCAGAAACCCAUCAUCUUGACCGCCGGGAAGCUUUUCUACGCGAACGUACUUCAGUUCGGUGAGAUGGUACAAAAGUCCUACUCGUUCUAUCUCGUGCUGAAAAAUAUAUUUUAA